AUGGAUGGGAAAUCGUCACCGGCUCCGUCAUUCUCUCCUUACGUCGAAGCGUCAGUAAGCGUUCCAACCGAAAGAAGAAAGAGCAGCAGCAAAGGGCCAAAAAGCCCCAUGGAGCGACCACCGAUUGAUUUUUACGUGCUCUCGCACGGAGAUCUCAUAGAGCAAGCCGAAGAGUAUCGCAAGAAGUACAAGAAGCUGACUGUCGAAUUGAAUCGAAUCCGUGACGAACGAAACUUUUUGAGGGACAAGUAUGUGACGCAUAAGUCCGAGAGGGCACAAUGGGAUCAUGAGAAGACGGAAUGGCUAGAACGAGCCAGCGAAUGGGACAGGGUGAACAAAGAGAAAAAUGGAAAGCAGUUGGAGAAAAUUUCGUUUUUGGAGGAGCGGAAUAAAGCGCUCAUAAAAAAACUGCAAGAAAAAGAUGAAACUCAGAAAGCGGCCGACGAUAGAGUGCGAGAACUCGAGAAAGACAUCGAAGACAUUCUCAAAUGUAAUAAAUCAACGUCUGAAUACAAGUUGCCUCACGUUUUUCGACGAAGGAUUUUGGAGCAAGCGGAAAAGAUAAGUUAUCAUGAGCUGCAGAACUCACUGCUUUUGCAACAACUGGAAGACAAUCAAUUCGAAAUACGAGAAAUGCAACGGGUUCAAAAGAGAAGUCUCAAUGUGGUGAACGGUGUUGGUAAAAGUGAAGAGGUUUCAAGCAGAUCACCGGCUGAGAAGAAGACUACAAAAACUGCCACCUCGGUCUCAAAAAAAUCGAAUAGAUCUGUCUCACAAAAGCAACCCAAGAACGAGGACAAUGGCGAAUAUUCACGUGAGAUGAACGAUCGUAGUCGUUAUACGCCUAUCGGAGAUGAUUGUAAAAGUGGCUCGCCUGAAGCCUUCCAAAAAGUGAUUACGUCAAGCAAAUGCAGUAAAAGGCCUGCUCAAGAAGCUAUGAGAAAAGCAAAUAGUGGAAAGAGACAUCUGCCGCAAUUUGAGCAAUUCCCCGAGGGACCCCUUUCUUGGGAUUCCUGGGAUGGAAACCGUGGAAUGAUUGAGCGAGGUAAUUCGGAGACUCGUCAUGGGCAAAGAAGUGCCGCGGGAAUUCGACCAUCUAUGAAUUCUGUCAAUGAAACCCGGUUUGAUCGUCCCCCGUCUAAUGAAUCAUAUUACUUCACUUCACAACCGACCAGUUCACGGGUACAACCACCUGCUGUCUCUGAACCGCCAUCUUACCUUCCUAUUAAUCCAGGCUCCAAGCAAGAUUUGGAGCGAGGGUACUUUAACCCCAACAGAUCGAGUUACAGCAACGAGUCUGAUGUAUGGCUCGGCCAAAGGGAUCGCCAUAGAAGCGGGGUGAAUGACGCUUACGAUUGGGAUGUCCGCAGGUCUGGCUACAACGGCCCUACAUUCAAUCCUGAGCGGUCUCAGUUUUUC